AUCAGUCAACUCUCAACUUUUGUCAAUUGCCAUUCUGAGGUGUACCCCUAAGUGUCUUGCAGACCAAACGUUGAACCAAUAACCCAAUCCAAUUCAUUUACCUCCGCAAAACUAUCGCGUGCAGGUUACUGAGGUGUUCAGCGACCAUUCCUAAUUGAAGGCAUUUGUUUGGUAUCCAGAUACGAAAUGAAGUCGCUGGCUUUAGUCAUCUUUUUGGGAUUAUUUGCCGCCUAUUCUGCUCAAAAAAGGGUGAAAGUGACUAUUCUAUACGAAACGCUAUGUCCUGACAGUACCAAAUUUGUGACGGAGCAGCUUUCGCCCAAUUACUAUCACUUGCGCAAUUACAUAGACUUUGAGCUAGUGCCUUUCGGAAAAGCCAAGAGUCAGAACAAUGGUGCGUCAUUUACAUGCCAACAUGGGCAAACGGAGUGCGCAGGAAACAGAAUUCAAACUUGUGCAUUGAAUUCGAUUUGGAAUAAGGAUUUGCAAAUUGCCUUUGUAGGAUGUUAUAUGUCGACUGGCGAUUUAUCUGGGUUCCAUUGUGCCAACAAAUACGGUAUUGAAUUUGCGGACAUCAUGUAUUGUGCCAGUACCGAUUUGGGACGACAACUGCAACUCCGUGAUGAGAAACGCACAGGCCAAUUCCGGCCCUCUUUCGUUCCCACUAUAAUUUACAACAAUAAAUUCGAUGAAGGUGUCCAGGAUAGGGCUCUGUAUGACUUUUUGGGUGCAUCAUGCGAGAUGAUCAAUUUUGCGGCUCCGAUUUGUAACGGAAAGAAAUAGACGUGACACCGAAUGAAUUUAUUGUAAUUUUUAGAUAAUGCUUUAUACACAUUAUACUGAAUUCAUUGAUCUUGUGCAAUGUGAAUAAAAACAGAGAAUAGAGUGAA